AGUUACCAUGGCAACCAGCGGCACUCAUGCCAACAAGUGAGCUAGUAAGUGCUCAUAUUAGAUUGCACCGAUUAACAAGUAACGGUGGAAUUAUUUUAUGUUAGCCAGAGGAAUUGCCUAAAGUAUCGUCAAUAACAAUCCAAACAUGGAUCUGGUGGACAACUUUAUGGAAGAUGAAGCUGAGAGACAACGUCUACUUACUAAACCAACCUGCUUCCUUGUGGUUGGAAGACCGGGUGUUGGUAAAUCCACCUUGGCCAAAGAAAUUGCAGAGACCUGGGGAUGUAUAUUAAUUGAUGACACGGAUCUGCUGAACUACCACAUUAAAACUAGAACAGACGAUGGUAUUAAGCUUUUGGAUAUCCUGAAUGCGGGUGAAAGUGUGCCAGAAGACAUGGUUCUACGGCUCAUAAUUGACAUGCUAAACUCAGUAAAAGCUCAGCACUAUGGCUACGUGUUGAGCUGCCUACCAUUCAUAUCGGAAGAGAAUGUGGCUGUGGAUGAGCAAAUGGAGCUGAUCAGGAACCUCAAGCUCACGCCGGACUUUAUCAUCAAUAUCAAGUGUGCAGACAAGGAUCUGGUGCAGAGGCUGUCGGGUCAGAAGCAACACCCGGAGACAGGCCUGAUGUACAGUAAAGACAGAUGGAAGUGUGACAGUGAAUUCCAUGUCAUAGGAUCUAUAGAUGAAAAAGGCGAGGACCAGGAAGACUCAGAGGAAGAGGAGGAAGAAGAAGAGGAAGAUGAACAAACCCCAAAGAUCACUAUUGACCAGUUGGUGUGGGCCCCAGCAUAUCAUCCGAGAAAUACAUCUCUUAGAAUCAACACAUACAAAGACACCAUCCUGAGACCACUGGAGGACUACAUGAUGGACCACAACCCUAUUUACCUUUUCGAAUUGGACGGAAGUGACAAACCUGAAGCGUUGCUCUUGUUUGUGCUGUCACGUCUAGGAUCGAUGGCAAUACAGCGUGUCUCCAUUCCAGUUGUCCUCCAUCAGGACAAAGAACUACCCGAAGAUAUCGACACAGAAGACCUAUUGAGGUUCAUGUCUUCCACAAGGAUGAUGGUGCCAGGCUUCAGGUGGCGGAGGAGCCGCUGGGGUCGAAUUUGUCCCGUUGCUCUGAAGGAAGGAAGGUUCCUCCCUGGAAAGCCAGAAUAUUCCGUAGGCUUCCAGGAAAAACUGUACAUCCUUUCGUCCCAAGAGGCCUUUGAUAAGUUCAUGACCAACCCAAGACGCUACCUGCUCCCUCCAAUGCCCAGUCCCCCUUGCAGGGUUUGCAUCAUCGGAAUCCCGCAAUCAGGGAGGAGCGCCCUUGCCAAACUUAUGGCUGAGCGGCACAAAGUUUCAGUGCUGGAAGUGGAGGCACUAGUAGAGCCUCUGCUGUCUCAACUGGAGCAAGAGAGGCUUGACAAAAUCAAAGAACAUGGAUUGCAGGCUGCUAUUGAGAAGAUUAGUUUGAAGGAGCAAAGCGAUCCGACUUCAGGUACCGAUGCAAUGCCAGCUGUGGAGGUCACAGAGGAUCAUCCUGAGGUAAAAGCCCUGUUGCAGAGUACCUUGGAGGAGGCCAAACAAUCGAGCGAGACAGACAAGGAAAUCUAUUCUCUAGCUGUUAACAAGAUUAUAACAGAAAACGAAGACGCGAAUGCGAAAGCCGAGCUCGGCAUGGGCUGGGUGCUUGAUAAUUUUCCCAAAAAUGUGUCCCAAUUGGAAUCAUUAGAACGAGCCGGGAUCCAUCCAGAUUUCCUCUUCUGUCUCAUGUACAAUGAAGGAGUCAAGAAUGAUGGCACUGAACAACCAGAUAAAAAGGAAGAAAAGACUUCUCCGGAUACAGAGCAGCAAAAAGCUGAAAAGGUCCAGUUUACAAGAGAUUGGGAGGGAAUGAAGCUUUCUCUAAGCAUUAGCCACUCAGUACUGGAGGCAGGCAACCGCAGCCCUGAGGAACUUCUCGACGAGAUUGUCCAGCUCAUGGAGAAACCUUUCAAGUUUUUGCCCAGAGAGUUUUCAGCAGUGGACAUGGAUGAAGAGGCGGAGGAUAUCGAAGCCAUGGCAAACCUGGAUGAUGAUGACGAAGACAGCUUUUCCAAGGAUACAGAUGAGGAGGAGGAUGAAGGAGAAUCGGAAUCCUCGGGGGACGCAACACCCAAGAGAGCCUUUGGUGAAACCUAUCAUUUCUGCCCAGUGGUACUGCAGAGGCAAAAUACGCUGAUGCCCAGUACAGAUGAGAUAGCCGCCAGGUAUCGAGAGAAGGUCUACUAUUUCUCCAGCGUGGAAGCCAGGGAAGACUUCCUUCUGAAUCCAGAGCAGUUUGUCGCACGCACUGAGAUGUUAAAGCCCCCUGCCCUGCGGAUCUUUUUGCUCGGUUGCAGAGGGUCGGGAAAGACCACUCAAGGUGAGUGGCUUGCCAAAAAACUGGGCCUCUUUCAUAUCCAGUUCAGGGAGCAGCUUCAAAUGCUCCUUGUGGCAAAGACGAAGGAGCGGGUUGUUAACGCAGACGAGUCGACAGAGGAGCACCUCGAUGCCUUGAAGGCUACCAUCAAAGAAGCUCUCGGGGAGGAGGAUGUUGAAACCACCAACGAGUCAAUUUUGCAGGAUGCGGAACUGGCUGAGGAGGAAAUCAGUAUCAAAGCCUAUUUGGUGGAUGGCAUUCCACUGAGUCAACAUGUUCUAGAAAAGGUCCUUAAUCCGUAUUGGAAAACGGAGCCUUUCAUGUCUACAGGUUUUAUUCUCGAGGGUUUCCCAAUUAACACUGAGGAAGUGCACCACGUGUUGCAGUAUCAGCUUUUCCCCGAUGCUGUGGUCACCUUGACGGCGGAGGUGACAGACAUUCAGACGCGUCUGCUGCCAAAAUUUUGGCAGAGGUGGAGGGAGCACUGCGACCGGCGCGAAGCUUUGCUCAACGUCCUACGUGAAAUGAACCGCAAGACUCGAGAAGAAAACAUUGAGAAGAGGAGGGCAGAUCUAAUGGAGGAGAAAGGUGUUUCUUCCCCGACCACAGAAAAAGCCGAAGACGAGGACGGGGAAGGCUCAAACAUCGAGGAUGAGAUCGAGGCUAUCCUGGAGGAGGAGUUCCCCCUUGAAGGGGAUGACGAAUUCAGGGAUGAAGAGGAGACCGAGGAAGCAACUGACGACAGGCUGAGCAUGGAGAUCGAAGAGCGCUACGUGACUGAUACCAACAACAUUGCUUCUGUGUUGGAGCUUGUGGCAGAGCUGAACAUUCCGAGGAUAUCUAUAAAUGCGUCCCGUAAGAUACAGAUUGUUCGACGUCAACUCGUCCUAAAAGUGGAGCCUUUGUACACCAACAGGGAAUCACUCUUCCAAAGAUGCCUGGCCAUUUCGUACAACUUGUCACAGCAGUUACUCCUCUACUCUUACAAGUUUCAUAGUGCCUUUGGCUGCUUGGACCCCGUUAGGCGGUAUAAUGAAAGAGAUAUCAUCCAGCCUUUGCUGUGGCCUCUUGAUGGCGCCUAUCCCGUACUCCUCAAUCAGUAUAUCUACUUUUUAGAGUCUAAGAAGAACCAGCAAACAUUCAUGCUCAAUCCUUUAAAGUACCUCAGGCAGACCAAGCCCUCCCCUACGCUUCCUAUUAAAAUGGCUAUUAUUGGACCACCAAAAUCAGGGAAAACUGGCGUCGCGCAGAUGUUGUCGCAGAAGUACGGCUUGGACUUGCUGUCCAUCGGCGGCGUCAUGCGUCGGGUUCUCGACACCCAGGGUCACAGCGAUUUGGCCACACAGAUGAAAGAGCAUCUCCAUGAAGGCCUUGCUGUGCCUGAUGAACUGGCCAUCCAGAGCCUGGAACUGGUGCUCAUGAGCCUGGUCUGCUGCACCCAAGGGUAUGUGUUGGAUGGCUUUCCCAUGACAAUGAAGCAAGCACAGCUAAUGCAGUCUCACAGCAUCAUCCCCAUGAUUAUGGUUGAGAUUGAGAUGGGGACAGUGGAGGUCCUCAAGAGAGGCCUUGCUAGCAAAAUGGAGGAAAAAAAGCCCCACUUGAUGCACGACAGCACAGCGAUCCUCCAUAUACGCAACACCUGUUACACUCAGGAGGCUGAGAGUAUGAGACAACAUUUCCGACAACAAUAUGAUAACUUGAUCCCGCUUGAUGGCCUCAAGAGCAAGUGGUACAUGUGGGAGACCCUUAUCAAGGAGAUAAGCACCAGCAUGAAAUACAUCCACACUUACCUAAAGAGGACACGAAGCGGCCAAGCUGGCUGCAUCAACAAGCUUUGUGUUACACCCACGGAGUUUCAGCGACAGCUUGGCGAGUUUGGUCAGUACUGCCCUGUCUGCCUUGCUCUGGAUAACCACCUGGUGGACUGCUCAGAAACGCCAUCCCUUAUGUAUGCCGCUGAAUACAAGAGACACUACUUCAAGAUGUGUGACGCGCACCAUUUGGAGAUAUUCCUGGCAACUCCGGAUCAAUUCAUCGCACCUAACUGCCCACGCCCUCUGCCGGAACUACACCUGCUGCCACAAAGGUUGACGGAAGCCGAUGUAAAGGACAGAUUCUCGCAGGAGUUUGAAAUGGAGGGCUUCUGCCCCGUCACUUAUCUGGAUGGAAAGCAGAGGUAUGAGGCCUUGGUGCGUGGAAGCAGCGAAUAUGCAGUGGAAUACAAAGAACGCAUCUACGCUUGUGAGACAAAGCAGAAACAGUACAAGUUUUUGAGCGCUCCUGAGCUCUACUGCAACCUGCAGCUGCCCAGUAAAGUUCCUCCUCUGUGUGAGCCAAUCCCUCUCAUUUGCCUUCCCACAUUAGGGUACCUGGAACAGGGUGUGGCAGUGUCAGUCAUCAAGGCCAUGACAGCUGUUGGGUGUUUGAAACCAAAGUUUCCCUUCUACAGUAUGGAAAAAUCAGCUCUCCACUAUGUGGCAUUUUAUAUGAAAGCGUUCAACCAUCGCAACACAGUGCACAUUCGCCAGAUGUACAAAAAGAAGUUGGCCUCAUUUGAGGAGAGUUGCACACUCAUUCCCUACCUGAGCUCAUUGAUGAAAGCACCUUAUAAGUUCCCCAGUGAACAACCAAUUGACUUUGAGUUCAAGCUGAACAAGUUCCUAGCCUUGAGUUACUCUCCUGAAGACGAAACUGAGCUCUAGCCAACAUGCCAAUAUCAGAAAUUCAGUCUUAGGAGCGUUUCUCUGGUUGAGGAAUGUUUCCAAAAUAUUGUCAAAGUGUGACGAGGGCCUUAAACUUCAGAGUGGGCACAGUAGCGUGAGAAAAAAACCAACAUGUUUCAUAAAUUCAGUGAAGCCAAAGGCAAGAGUUGACCAUCUAUGGCAGUGGUUCUCAACCUUUUUUCAGUGAUGUACCUCCUGUGACGAUUUUUUUAUUUCAAGUACCCCCUAAUCAGAGCAAAGCAUUUUUGGUUGAAAAAAAGAGAUAAAGAAGUAAAAUACAGCACUAUGUCAUCAGUUUCUGAUUUAAUGAAUUGUAUAACAGUGCAAAAUAUUGUUCAUUUGUAGUGGUCUUUCUUGAACUAUUUGGGAAAAAAAGAUAUAAAAAUAAGUAAAAACUUGUUGAAAAAUAAACAAGUGAUUAAAUUAUAAAUGAAGAUUUCUCACAUAGAAGUAAUCAUCAACUUAUAAAGUGCCCUCUUUGGGGAUUGUAAUAGAGAUCCAUCUGGAUUCAUUAAGUUAAUUCUAAACAUUUCUUCACAAAAAAAGAAAUCUUUAACAUCAAUAUUUAUGGAACAUGUCCACAAAAAAUCUAGCUGUCAACACUGAAUAUUGCAUUGUUGCAUUUCUUUUCACAGUUACAUUCAUAUUUUGUUGAAGUAUUAUGCAAUAAAUAUAUUUAUAAAGGAUUUUUGAAUUGUUGCCUCUUUUAGAAUAUUUAAAAAAAAACUCACGUACCCCUUGGCAUACCUUCGAGUACCCCCAGGGGUACGCGUACCCCCAUUUAAGAACCACUGUUCUAUGGUGAGAGAAUGUAUAUUACAGAAAUAUAGUUUUUGGGGGGCAACUCUCAUACAUUGUCUGAGGGAGGCUCACUGUACCACACAUUGGACAGACUCCCCAUGUAAAGUAUUUUUUCACUGUUUAAAUCAUAGCCAAAAACUCACCAAUAAACAUGACUCUUACAGUGUGUUGUUCUCUCACUGCAUGUACUAUAUUGUAUCUUUUGAUUGUAUUUUACCCAAAUAACCUUGUCCCAAUGGUCUCUCAGAGGCCUCAAAGUAGGGAGAUCAGGGAAUUCUCCUGGUGUACUCUGGUUUGCUCCCACAUACCAAAAACAUGCAUAUAUAAUUGGAGGCUGUAAAUUGUGAUGCCUAUAUCUAGCCUAGUGGCCAUAGAGACCAGCUGUAGGGUUUCUGCCACACCAGAGUCAGUUUGGAGAGACUGGAGGAGAUGUGGAUGAAAAGACAGGGCUGCGGAGCUAGCACUGAGCGCCGGGACGGACAAGCUUCAGUGUCUUGGCUGAAUGAGCAAGUAUCAGACACCUCAGUCUCCUCAGACGUAUCCUCGCUCAUCCAUGCGGACUGGACACUGGCCGAGAGUGGAGUCGGCUCUCUUGGUUUGCUUUGUUGGGUCUGCUCCUGUCUCUGGCCAUACUCCCUCCACCCCAGCAGACGAUGGCGUGGAACACCGCAGAGGCCACCACAGUGUAUACGUUUAUUUUACUUUUCAUAGCUGUAUGUAGAAGUGGCUGGUUGCAUCAACUCUGCUCUUUAAUGUCUUUCAUGUUCUUUGUGUUCUUUGAUGUUUAUUGUUGUAAGAGGGAUGUCUACUAUGGCUAUGAGUUGUUUUUUUUUCCCUUGGCCUCAGUCUGGACCCCUCUCCAUGGGCCCAGGCUUAGACCGAUUUUUUUUAUUUUAUUUUAUUUUAAUCUUUUAUUUUUUUCUCCCAUUCCCCCCCACAUGUUUACCUGUAUCUCACCAUUUUGUAAGGGGUGCCGGAAGUUGGCAGACCCGUCAGCGAUCCUGUUCUGUCUCCCUGUAAUGUUUGUCUGAUCUUGAAUGGGAUUGUGCUGAAAAUUGAAAUUUCCCCUCGGGGAAAUUAAUAAAGU